AUGAUUACCACUCUGUUUUGGGUACCCCGCGGGACAGCAGCAGCUGCUGCUUCUGUGCCUCUGGAGACUGCAAGUGAACCUGACGACGCCGCAUCGCACUCGUCUGAGGACUGCUCAGACGGAGAGCGCACCAGCGAUGCUGCGGAAGUGGGCCUUGAGCAGGUGCUCACGCUUCCAGACGACUUUUGGGAGACUAGUGAUCCAAACUUGCACAAGCACAAGCUCGACUGGGAGCAACAGGACAUUGAAGAUGAACGCUUUCAGCAAGAAGACUGGGUUCUGUUUGCGGGGCGUCUCUACGAGGACGACAGUUGCGGCUUUGAGGUAUGCGUCGUGGAGCGCCCUGAUGUCGAGUGCUGCGCGAAGCCGCUCUCAUGGGAGGCGAUCGAUACCAAUAUUUACGUCCAUCAUGAUGGCAUUCUCGCAGCACCACCGCUGAGCAGCGCAUACACGGACUAUGAUGGACGUUGCCUUGCGGCAGUUGGCACAUUUGCACCCACUGUAGAGCUCUGGGAUCUCGUUCAAAUGAAUGCAGUAGAGCCGUUGAUGAUUCUGGACACCGUGGCUGCCGCUCAAACGAGCCCCUCUCUUGGACACAAUGCCGCAGUAAAGCAGCGAACGCGAAACGCACAGCAUCGCUUGACCCGGGAUCUCCAACGAAAACGAAAGCGGCCCAGUGGAGAUCGUAGCCAAGGCGGCAGCACCGCCGCUUCUGCAUCUGGAGUGCUUUGUCUGGGCUUUCAUCCCCGAGAGAGAUGGAUGCUCGCUGCCGGCUCUGCGACUGGUCAUAUCCAUUUCUGGGACAUUCGCGACGGAGCCUGUGUGGUGACGCUCCCCGACCUGCAUCGCGACAAGCCACAGGCGCUGGCGUGGCACCCGCUACAGCACAGUCUUCUACUCACCGCCGGUUUCGAUCGACGAGCUUGUCUGGUGGAUUUACGAGCGCAUUCACUGCAUUCAGCGGCUUCGGGAGAGAUCCAGCUGACUCGAGACCCCGAGCAGGUACUCUGGCGCUCCGAAAACCAAUGCCUGCUCAGUGACGAGGGCGGCUCCAUUAGCGCCUUCGACAUUCGCCGGAUCGGGAAGACGGAAACCGCACUGCUCUGGAGCUUUCAAGCUUGUCGAGAUCGGCCAGCAUUGAUGACACUUGCACCAACGGUUCCGGAUAUGUUGGUGGUCGGCUCCACGGAUGGCCAUUUGCGGGUCUAUGAUCUCUCGAUGCUGGAGCAUUGCGGUGGUGUCUCGGCUACAGAGGCCUCCAAGGCACCGCAGUGGACGCCACUCGCUCAGGUGAACGCACAUGCAGGCGCUCUGUUCGCGGUGGAGUCUUGUCCAGAUGAGGUUUUCGGCUUCGGGGUGGCGUGCGGGGGCUCCAAGGGCAUCUUGACAGUUGUCGAUGUCGCUGAGAGCGCUCCGCAAGUUCUCCAGCACUUUCGUGGGCGCGCCUCAAGAUCCGCUGCUGAAGUAGGUGCUCGUCUAGCUUGCAUCGAUUCGCUGGAAGAAUCCGGUUCACUUGACGUCGACAAGUGA